CCUGUCACAGCUGAGCAAUCUGAUUAUCAGAUAAAUAAUAAUAUUCUGUUUUUAUUUAUUUGUUAUGUAAAAUAAUUGUUUUUUUUUCUAAAUAAAUUAAGAGUAGGUUUGAACAGUCGAUUGUGGCUAGUAACGCAAAGUCAAUUCACACAAAUUUCUCUUCAAUAAGCAGAAAUUCAUUUUCAAACAAUCUUCCUGUACUACUCACUAUAAAUCUAAAUAAAUCAUUAGUCUGGUCCCUAGAACGGCAGUAACAUGAUCACGUCAAGUGCAGAAUUCGGUUCUGAGGGCUCCAUGACCAGUACUACUGCCCCUCAGAUAUUCCAUCUUUCUUCCAGCUCUGACAGUCACAAUGUCCACAAGUGCCCCAUGUGCAAAAAAUUUAAAAAAUACUUUUAUUGUAGGGACUGCAUUCAGAAGGGGGUUAUCACCAAUAAGAAUGACCAAAGCUUUAAUUCAAUCAAAAAAGCUCUUGGAGAACUAAAUGAAAAUAAACAGCUCAUUGAAAAAAAUUGUUCGAAAAUACUGGAAGGUAGACUGAAAUAUGACAUUUUGCAAACUAAAAUAAGGCAAGUAAAAGAACGAAAUAGAAUUAUGAGACUCGCCAUAGACCAAAAAAGGGAACAAAGACAGACCUUAGGCCAAAAGCUCUCCGAUCUCAAGCAAAGAAACCAGGAAAGAACUGAGAAAUUAAAAGCGUAUAAAACAAAAAGUGAAUCCCUGGAGGACUGCGUGGGCAGGAAACGUGAAGACGUUAGUAUAGCGCAAGAGGAACUGAAACAAAAAUAUGUGGAAAUUAAGAGACUGGCUAAGUUAAGGGUGCAACAGCUUUUUAAGUAUAUUUUCCCCAUAUCUGUGGUGAAACCCUCAGUAGAAAUGGAGUCUAGUGGGGAUAGUACCAGCAGGGAGUUGGCCGAAGCAUGUCAGACCACAUAUUUGAAAGACCGAUGGGUUUAUACCGAUUAUAGUAAUGAGAUGCAGUAUUCUGUGGUGGGGCCUUGUUUACCUGGCAGCGGCAAUUAUUCGAAUUAUAUUUUGUGGGCUCAUAGCCACGACUCGAUGCCAAUAUCAGAAGAUUCGGAAAUAAUCGACCUAAAUCCCGCCGUGUCGAUUUCGUCCGCCCUAGCCCUCACUGCCCAAUUAGUAAACGUUCUCUCGUUCAUUUUAAAUGUUCGAUUGCCGUUCAAAUCAAACUAUAGUGACUUCGACAGUACUCAUCUGACGGAAAGGCAGUUUAAUAGACGGGUGGCCAGACUAAACGCCAACGUAUUGUACUUAUGCAUAACACAGAGGAUCGACUUGGGUCAGCUGAGUCCCACCGGGACGAUACGCAAUAUUUUACAAUUGGCGGAAAACGAGAGGGCCGACUUGGGAAGGCAAGGACCGAUAGUGAUCAACGAUAGACAAGCGCGAGCCCUAGAAAGGUCGAUUUCUGGCAAUUUGAGGUGUCCGGACGACUCCGAUUGGGACGAGGGAGACUCUUUUACGCUCGAAUGGGAGGCGGUACCUCACGUGCAAUUGCCGGAAGCGCCCGCGGGUGUAGCCAGCGGUGUAUCGUCUCUUAUCAAUACGCAACAGGCGAGCAGCAUAGUGACCAGCGCAGUCGCCGGUGUCGCUUCCAUUUGGCGAGGAAUUAUACAUCGGUAGUUUUUAAUAAUUACCACUACUUACCUUUUAAUUUAAACACACGAAACUUUAAAACUAAAGGCCUUGUCAGAGACGUCUUAAAGUAUAGCCAUCUAUAAUAGGGUGAGAAAUUGAUGUUUGUUUGAUUAUGGGUUGUGCUUGUGGUAAUAAACAGUUUUCGAAGAUGCAUAGGUUUUGACGGUUAACACAGACCUAGACGUUAUCUUCGCCACUGUUAAAGUGUUUUUGAAAUAGGUGACACGUUUACCGCUGACCUAACGAUAGCAAAAAGCUUUAUUUCCAAGAAAUUCGUUUUCAUUGUGAUUAUUAAGUACUCCUUAAAUUUUCCAACCUCAUUUUCGUUUGAUAUUAAACAAAUUAUAGAUAUUUUAUUAAUAUACAAUAUUAUAAUUAUCUUAUUUAAUUUUAGUAGCGGUAUUUAAAAUUUGGAAACUACCUAAAGUUACAAUAUGAUUGAGGAUUUUGCUGGAUCAACAUAGUGUUAGAAAAAGAAUAAUUAGCUAAUAGAGCCCACCAAUUAGUCACAAACACCGACAAUAUUAAAUUCCUAACAUGACCAUUUAAUUUAACAUACCCUAAUUCAUUACUUUUCAACAUUUCAAGUAAAUCAGGCAUGUCCAUUGUUAAAGACCAGUGAUUCGGCCAUCUCCUUAACUGUUAUCCUUAACUCCAGCAGCUUUUGUAAUCGUAGAUUUUCCAACACGUCUUAGCUCAUAACGGCCUUCUGGGGUAAUACCCAUAACUUCAAAAGGUCCUUGGAACUCAUACUGAAGUUUACCUUGGUGCAUUUUUUCAUCACGAUGCAUUAACACAAAGGCACCUUUUUCAAAAGUCACUCCCUGUUUACGCCUUUCAUUCGCCUUAAUCUUAGCAUUUCGUGUUUGAAUGAAAUGGUCAGUAAUUCUUUUUCUGUCUAGUUCCAAAUUGCGAAUAGGGUGUAAGUCACAAUCUAAGUUUUUUAGUAGACUAUGUAUGAGUGGGGUAGAUGAAUCAAUUCCGAUCAAUGCCUUUAAAGGAGACGUUUGUGUGGCCUUUUGCAUUGUUGUAUUAAGUACUAAUUGAAUUUUCCACAAUGUUUUGGACCAAUCAGUAUUUACCUUUGUCUCUACACGUAUUAGGUUUAUUAUGGUCCGCAUAUAUCGCUCUACUUGGCCGUUGGAUAUCUGGUGUCGUAAAAUGAUAGCCGAUAUUCAAGGAAUCCAAAUAGCUUGGACGGCUUAAGUUUUUGAAAUUUGUACCUGCGUCCAUAAUAAUUAAACAGGGCAAUAAAAGACUCUAUUGCAAGUCUAGUUUCAUCAGCUUUUACUGUUUUUAAUGGCUGAAGUACACAAUACUUUGUAUACGCAUCGAUCAAGACAAGUAUAUGUUUGUAUCCAUUUGCUGUUUUCUCUAGAGGCCCUAGACAAUCAGCAUGUAAUACUUGCAUAAGGUGCUUCAGGCUUUUCCACAUUAACUAUAUGACCUUCUAGUGGACCAGUGCGAGUCUUCUUGAUUGCACACACCAAGCAAUGCCGAAUAUAGUUUUUUACAAAAGCCCGCAGGCCUGGGAACCAAAAAUGCUUAAAAAUGGAAUCAGUUGUCUUUUCAGAACCAACAUGACAUUGUUCACAAUAAUCCAAGUCGACUUUGUUUUGGAACAUAAGGUCUUGAAAAUGAUCCUUCAGGUGUAUUAUUGACAUAAUACAGAAUUCUAUUAUUUACCAUAUAUCUUGUUUUAUUAAGUCGUCCGUCUUCAGCAUCUUUAAUGAGUUGAUUAAUUUCAGCGUCUCCUCUUUGCUCAACAUAGAUCCAGUUUUCAUGAGCAUUGAAACGACGAACUACAGGAUUCACCACUUAAAAAAUCGACAUGUGGUAAUGAACUUCCCUUUCGAUAGACAAUAGAAAUGUUAAAAGUCUUGCAUAUAAGACCACCAACGUGCCACUCGUGGUACAAUACCCUCUUUGUUGGCUGUAGAUUUGAUAGCAUUACAGUCUGUGACUAAUGUAAAUUGAAUUCCCAAUAAAUAAACUCGAAAAAAUCUAAGAGCAUUCACAACUGCAAGGGUUUCUAAUUCGUAAGAGUGGUAAUUCUCUUCAUAUUUUGUAGUUCUCUUGCUAAAGUAUCCUAUAACACAGCGAUUUCCAUUUUUAAUCUGCAAUAACAUAGCACCGUAUCCAAUGGCGCUUGCGUCGGUAUGAAGUUCAGUUGGUAGGGUUUCAUCAAAAACGGAGAGCAAGGGUCUAGAUGUUAAAUGUUCAAUGACAUAAUUUCUAGCGAUUUCCUGUUCCUUCUGCCACAAAAAAGGUUCAUUAGCACACGUUAAGUUUGUAAUGCAAGCAGUACGACUUGCAAACUCAGGAAUAAAUUUGCGGAAAUAUCCCGCGAGUCCCAUGAAUUGUCGAACUUGCUUAGCAGAGGUUGGAAUUGGUGAAUCGACCAGUGCUUGCACUUUCCUAGUUCCGGGUCUGAGACCAUCAGCGGAUAUUUCUCGUCCCAAAUAUUCUAACUUAUUUUGAAAGAAGUGGCAUUUCUUUAAAUUAAGAGAAAACCCUGCAUUUUGUAGAGCCUCUAAAACUAGCGCUAGUGAAGUAAAUGCUGCUUCAAUUGUGUCUGACGGUAUAAGAACGUCGUCUAUGUAUACAAGUGCGACAUUGUCUCUUAGUUUUCCCAGAGCUCUAUUAAUUGAUUUUUGAAAAACCGCUGGGGCAUUUGCCAAGCCGAAUAGCAGGAAUCCGCAGGAACUCGUAGUGUCCGUCCGGCGUUACAAAGGCGGUUUUUUCCACAGAAUCUUCGUCGAUCGGUAUCUGGUAGAAUCCUGAAGACAUAUCCAGUGAAGUAAAAAUGCUGCCUUUUCCCAGUCUGUCAAGCUGGUCAUCAAUCAGGGGCAAUGGAUAACAAAUUUUAAUAGUAUGCCAGUUGAGCUCUCUAUAAUCAACGCACAUCCUAUAAGAUCCUUCCUUUUUCUGUACCAGUAAAAUAGGGCUUGCAAAUGGAGAUUCGCUUUCCCUUAUGAUAUUGCUAUUUAAGAAUUCAUCAACAAUAUCGCGUACAAUUUUUCUUUCACUUGCAGAUAAGCGGUAUGGAUUUCUGGUAACAAUGAAAUCAUUCUGAAGCUUAUUAUAUAACGUGGCAUUAUUGACCUUGGAAAGUGAAUUAUUAUCAGGUAUAAUAGAUGAAAAACGUGAUAAAAGACUUUCUAGUUCUUUUCUGUAUUCAGCAGGAACAUCCAAAACUCCUUCAAGUUUAUAAGGCAUAACUCUAAACACUUUAGCAACACCAUUACGAAUAACACGGGUUCCAGUCUGAUCAGUAACCGUUACAAUCUCUGGUUCAUCAUAUAAAGACUUUAUGUUAAUGGAUUUAGUAUAAAUAGUCUUCAGAGUGGUGCGUAAAUCAAUAAUUUUUAAAUUUUGAUUACUAGAACCCAAGAUAUUCACUUGCCAAUAAGAGACGAAUAAUUUUGCUUCAUAUAUGCACCUCUGGAAUAACAAUUUCAUUAUUUUGGUUUUAAGUGACCGGAUUUUGGCCAUUUCUUCAAAAACGAUUUAAAUACUCUUCUAAGCUGUCCAUAGAUCAAUAAUUUCUAUAUUUUUAUUACUAGAAUCCAAGAUAUUCAUUUGUCCAUGCCACUUCUGGAAAAAAAAAUCCAAUUUUUUUAACUUUUAGUCAUUUCUUCAAAAAAAAAUCUAAAAUGGUCUUUAGAAUAGUUCAUAGAUCAAUGAUUGUUAAAUGUUAACUACUAAAACCCAAGAUAUUCACUUGUCAAUAAGAGACUAACUUAAUGGCACUCCUGGAAUAAAAAUUCAUUUUUAUCAACUUUUAUUGAAUGGAUUUUAGGAAUUUUUUCCAAGAAAGGCUAAAGGGUCUUCAGACUAAUCCAUGAAUCAUUAAUAACUAUAUUUUGACUACUAGCACCGAAAAUAUUCACUUGCCAAUGCAAAAAAGGUGUUUUUAGCCAGUCCAAACUCUUGUUUUCGCUUCAUAGUGCGAUACGGAGGUAAAAAUAUUCCCUCCUCACUCACUCUUUUUUUUUCUUUUCUCGAAAGGUGAUAUUUGUUACACUUUCUUGUAAAUAUUUAUCACCAAGCAUAUUGUUCAAUUCUAACUCAGUUUGUGCAUGUUAAAAAUGUUACGAGGUUUGGAUUAGUUCUACAAGACCAUUCCAACAAUAGUAGACAAUGAUAAAAUGCGAGAAGCGAUUUGUAUGACGUGUAUAUACAAAUCGCUUCUCGUAUUAUCUACUAUUUAUCUACGUGUACACAGUCACUCUUGCAAAUUCCAUUCUUAGAAGGUUGACGGAAUCAGUUACAACAUUUUUAUUUAUACCCGAUGCUCGAGCAAUGAUGAUAUAUAUCUUCACUGUACAAUUUUUUAAAAAACUACACAUUUAAAGAUGUACUUUAUUAAACUAUUGUACUGAAAUUAAACCAUUAACUAUUAAAUGUACUAAAGCAGGAAUAUGCAAAAAAAAUAAAGCAGAAAUUCUGAUUUAAUUUCAUACGAAAAUACGUACAAAAAAAAUUAUGCAUGCCUAUACGCAUUACUUAAUUUCAUUACAUUUUUAUGCAAAUUUGUACUAAAAAUUCUUAUGAGAAAAUAUACAAGAAAUCACUGAUGAAUGUAUGAAUGCACUAUGAAUUCUAUUUAAAUGUUAAUUAAAAAAAAUGUAUGGGGGUGCAUAUAUUUUAUUUCAAAAUAUCUACCAAAAUCCAUGUAAAAAAACGACUUAUGCGUGGCCAGAGGCCUCGCAUCACCAACAACUCUUCUCACGUCCCUCUAAAUAAAUGUAAAAUUUUUAUAGAAAAAUUGUACAGUGGUGCCUAGUUAUUGGCUAAGCACGAGGUCCGAUUCAGUACAUUUUAAUUAAAAUUAGUACAGUAAUGUAUGGAUAAUCCGAACAGAAAGUUGGCAGACCCCGUUCGGUUUACACAACACUUUCGGAUUAAAGUUUCCUCGUCAUCACCUCUUGCCCAUUUUUCAACUUCUGUUUCAUCUGUCGGAUUAUCAGCACGAUUCACUUUGUUCACUAACUCCACUAGAUCAGGUCCUUCAUCUGACAAAAUAGAAUCACAUAUUUCUCCUCGUAAAGCAUGCAUAAGGGGUAUCAAAUCUUCUUCAUCCCAUUCAUCCAUGUCCUUGGCGGAAAGAAGUUGACACCACGAUUUUCUCACCAGUUUUUUAGGCCCUUGCUUCCAAGAUUCGGCUAAUGCAAACGCAGCAUCCUUUAGCGACACAUUCUUUAAACAUUGCGCAAUGUUUUCAUUAUCUUGUACAAGUACCUCUUGCAGCAGCCUUUUUCGAUAUGUGACUUUUAUAGAUUGAAUCACAUUCUGGUCCAUCGGCUGAACCAGGGCAGUGCAGUUAGGUGGAAAAAGCAUUACUUGAAUAUUACCAUCAUGGCUGGCUAGUUCUUGGCCUAGUCUGUGAGCUGAAGCAUUGUCCAGUAUUAAAAGGGCUUUCUCUUCAAAAUUAUUGAUUCGAAGAUACUUUUUUACGCUUGGUACGAAUUCACUGUGGAACCAUUCUUCGAAGAUAAUCCGAUCAAUCCAAACAGUUUUUUGGUUUCGGUAACAGACAGGUAGGUUGCUGUUUUUGAAUGUUUUUGGAUUUUUUACUUUACCGAUCAUAAAGCAACCUCAACUUAUGUCGGCCACUCGUCUGCGUGUACUAAUGUCUUUUCAGGAAGGCAGCGCUAAUAUAAUCCAGAUUCUUCCGCGUUAUAGAUUUGCUCUGAAGAAAGACCGAGUUGCUCAAUUUUUUGUUUGAGUUCUAUUCGAAAGGGUUCCACAGCAUUUUCGUCACUCGACAGCUUUUCCCCGGUAACUUUCAACGAGCGGAUCCCAAAUCUGUGUUUGAAGCCUUGAAACCAUCCUCUGCUAGUUUCGAACUUGACUCCUUCGUCAUUAUUCAUUUCUGUGAAAAAUUGGCGAGCCUUUUGAAGUAUGAUUGCUUCGGAAAUUGGUGCAUGUCGUGCUAUCUAUUGCAAAAACCAUGUAUACACUGCAUCUUCAACAUCAGAAAAUUUCGCUUUGCGCAUCGUUUUUCUUGUUCCCAGCCAUUUUUCAGUACGCGACAUAUAACGAAUAAUUUCGCUCUUUUUUUUUCUUGAUAUUGGAUAUUGUUGGUGUCCCGAUAUUUAAGCGUGUCGCCAAGGACGUGAAUGAACAUCCUGAAUCCAGCACACGUAAAAUUUCAGCCUUUUGUUUAAGACUUAAUGUGACAUGCUUACGUUUAGAAUCCAUGGUUUAAAUGAAAUAUGCGAUACAUUUACAUAUAUGCAGCGUGCAACCUAAAACUCAACUAAAGAACUCUACUCUUUCCAUAAAACACGUCAAAACAACUAUAAAACCACGCAACGUCUUGCUGCAAGAACAAACUUACAAUUAUUAUGUACUACUCACAUAAAUUAAACGUUGCAUCAUCUUUUCGCACUAGACGCCCACAGUUCGGAUUACGGAAUUCACGGUGUUCAGAUUAUGGAAUCAAUUUUACGCAAUUGGGGCGUUCGGAUUAUAGAGUAGUUCGGAAUAUACGGGGUUCGGACUAUCCAUACAUUACUGUACUCAAAAUCUAUUAAAAAAAAAAAAUUAGAAAAAACGACUUACGAAGAAUCUUUCAAUGCUCAAGUCGGUUUCAGUACAUUUUAACUCGAAUUUAUAUUAAACAUCUAUUCAAAAAAAGUGUACAAAAUCUGACUUAUGCGUGGCCAGAGGCCUCGCAUCACUAAAAAGUCUACUAAUGUCCCGCUAAUUAAAUGUAUAAUUUUAUAGGAAAAUUGUACAGUGACGCGUAGCCUCUGGCAACUUCGCGGUCGGCACUGGUCGGUUUCAGUACAAUUUAAUUUAAAUUCAUAUUAAAAGUUCACUCAACAAAAAUGUACAAAAAACGACUUAUUUGUAUCUUCAUUUCGUCACUAUGUAUUAUUGGCCUAUCUUCGCCGGAAAAAAAAUGUCUGGUUUAUCUAUUCUGUUCGUAUGUGAGAGAUAGAUUACCCAUAGACAGUCGAAUGCGUUAUUAAUAACCGGUUUAGGUCAGAUAGACGCCUAGACACCUACAGAAACCUAAUCAAUAAUAUGAAACCAUCAGCACUUAAACUAAACUUAUAAUCUUGAAGUAAACGUAUGACUGAUCAAAUGACACAAAGCCAGGUGACAGUGUCAUAUUCUUAAUGUUUCUAUCAUAUCAGUUUUUUCGAAUCUCUGCACAGUCUUUCUAUAGUGCUCUUGGUAGAAUUUGCGUUUCACCAUCAAAAUGUUGCACGCACAAUCAAAAAAAAAUUCUCAUUCAUCAAAUACGUCUUAAAGCAUUUAAACUACUUAUUUAAUAUCAAUAUAAAUAACUUAAUAUAACAAGGUAUGCUCAAAGGAAUGUCCAACAAAUAACAAACACAAUUCAUCUUUUUCGUCUAUAAAAUUAAAAGUACUUCCCUUGACUACUUAGGACGACUCUGAUAAGGUCAUUAACUAUGACAGCUUACAUAUAAAAAAGAAAUGACACGAUUAUUAUAUAAUUUAGCAUCUAUACAGGGUGUUUACAUCUAAAUUUUAUGCAUACGAUCGACACUCUGUAUAAAUGUUUUUUUUUUAUGUGUUUUUAGUUAAUAAAAAUUAGCAUUCUGCCUAUAUUUGUUUCAAGGGCCAGAAUGUACUUUGAUUGCCACGCGGGACAGUUAUUUUUUUAUAUUAUUUAGUUAGUUGAUAUUUUUAUUAUGUAUUAAUAAUAAUUGGCAUUUUAAAACGUU